GCUUCGGGAGCACAACUCAUGGGAAGACCUGCUGCAUCUCCAUCUGGUCCUACCAGUGCUACGUCAUUUGAUAACACAACUGCAUCUCCACUGCCAUAUGCCAACUCGCCUAGGUCAGGCCCAAACAUGAUGAAUACACCAUCUCCUCAGCAACAAACCCAGCAACAGCAGCAACAGCAACAACAGCAGCAGCAGCAAAGGCAGAAAUUGAUGCAAUUACCUCCGCAUCAACAGCAACUUCUUGCUCAGCAACAAUUCAGGCAGUCUUCGAUGCAACUGGGACAGAACCAGUUGCCGCAGCUUCAUGAUUUGCAAGGCCAGUCACAACAAAAGUUUCAGCAGUUACAUGGCCAACAUCAGAUGCAAUUUUCUCAGCCGAUGGGUCACCAGCAAUUUCAAGGUAGGCAGCUGCCAUCUGGACAUGUUCAGCACGGGAUUGGUCAGAGCCAACUUGGCCAAGGAAAUCAGUUGAAUCGUCAUUUAGGCCAGUUUUCUGGUGCUGCUAAUAGUGCAUUGUUUAAUGCUGCUCAGGGGUCACCAAAUACUCAGAUGAUGCCUAAUAUGUCAGCCACCAUGCCUUCUCAAUCGCUUCUUCCACGGAUGCAGUUUGGAUUAGCUGGUAACAAUCCCCAAAGAAGUCAUGCUUCCCAAAUGUUGAAUGAUCAGAUGUUUAAUAUGGGACCGUCCAACCCGGGAGGCAUGAUGCCUAUGCAGCAGCAGCAACAACAGCAACAAGGUGCAUUCGGGAAUAUGGCUCCAAACGCUCAGAAUCUGCAAUCUAACAUGGUAGCACUUCAGAAUGCCCAACAAAAUCAUCCCAACUUUGGGCAGCAGAGACAACAAAAUCAGCAGUAACGUGGUUCUAUUUACUGAUAAUUGCGAGUUGUAUAGGACCACCAUAAGUUGUUCCACAAAUCACAUCUUCAGGGAUUAUAUGGAGUUGUAACUUUCAUAUGCAUGGCAUUGAACUUGGCCUUCUAGCAUACAAAUGGAAUAGGAUUGUCAAUUAUUGACCAAUUAUAGAAAAAGCUGGUAUAAAUCCUAUAUUCUAGUUCGAAAUGAGCUGUUAUCAGCUACAGAAGAUUAUUAUUAUCAUCAUCAUCAUGGACCUUCCCUCAUGAUUGAAUUAUAACAUAGACUAGUUUCAAAAUAAUUGAAGAAGUCCGAGAGAAUCUAGAAAAUUGUAGGAGAGGCAUUUGUUGUCCAUUCAAGUCAUGUCUACUAUGAAUGUGAAGGACAAUUCCAUUAUUAAAAUCAUUUUAUGCUCUUUAUGUUGGGCUGUAUUUUUU